AUGGUUACCGCUAAUAUUGAGCAGCAACAUCUUUCUUUUUUGGUGGAUACAGGAGCAGACAUCAGCUUGAUACCACUCGAUAUUGUUCAGAUGAACCACAUGACGGUUAGAAGGAAUAUUGUUCGCCAACCAAUAAUGGUUGAUGGUACUACCUUACAGUGUGAGGGAACUGUAGUUACGUCGUUUCGGUUGGGAUCUCAAAAGGUAUACAGUUCAUUUUACGUUGUGAAAGGAAUCGACUGUGGGGUUUUGGGCACUGAUGUUCUAGGAAAAGGGAGAGAUGUUCCGGUGAGAGUUAUGAAUGUUUGCACAGAACCUGUAGUAAUACAUAAGGGACAGAGUUUGGCGGAAUUUACUGAAGCAACUGCGUUGGAUGGGGUGGAUCGAAGUCCAGCUGGAAAGAGUACAGAUAUUUACAACCCAACGGUUGACAUAGAUCUGGGCAAUGAAGAGUAUUCGGUGGAUGUUGAACAUACGACUCUGCUUACUACCAAAACUCCAAUAGCUUGCCGCCCUCGACGUCUACCUACAAGAUGGAAAGCUGAGGUUGAAGAUGAGUUAGAAAGAGUGAUGGGGAGUCUUCGUUUAUGCGUAGACUACAGACAGUUAAAUGGUAAAACCAAAGACACAGCAAUACCAGCUGGAAAUCUUCAAGAGGUGAUCGAGUCACUAUCAGGAGCAAAAUUUUUUAGCAUCUUGGACUUGGCAAGAGGAUAUUUUCAAGAGCCAAUCGUGGAAAAGGAUAAGAAAAAGACAGCGUUCCGGACACCUUCAGGUUUGUAUGAAUUCAACAGAAUGCCCUUUGGGUUGAAGGGAGCUCCAGCAACGUUUUGUCGAAUGAUGUCACUAGUUCUGGGACACUUAACACCUAUUCGGCUAGUCCUCUAUAUGGAUGAUCUCUCAUUUACAACUCUUCACAAACACGGACUUCGACUUAAUGCGAAGAAAUGUCAAUUUGUUACAACUCAGGCAAUAUUCUGUGGAUUUCGUAUUAGUGCAGAAGGAAUUAAUCCUGAUCUAGAGAAGGUUGCUGCUAUUGAAAGAAUACCUACACUCACUACUGUCAAGGAGGUGAAGGUUUCUUGGGCAUCACUGGUUUUUAUCGUCGAUUUACUCCACGAUGCAUUUAAUACUUUGAAGCGAAAACUGUCUACAGCACCGAUCUUGGCUCAUCCUGUGGCAGAUAAACCAUUCGUUUUGACUACAGAUGCAUCAACUGUAGGGAUUGGUGCAGAACUGGCACAAGAAAGUUCAGAAGGACUACGGCCGUUUGCAUAUUUUAGUAGAGUUUACCUAAGACAGAGAGACGCUACUCUACAUAUGAUAGAGAAUUUCGCUUACUACGCUUACUACGGGAGAAGGCAUUCGCAGAUUGUCGUACCUAUUGCUCUGCUACCUGAAGUACUUCGGCUGGCGCAUGAUAAUGCCUUCUCAGAACAUCAGGGUGUCAAGAAGACAUUGACUCGGACAUUGGAUCGAUUUUGGUGGAGCACUGUAAACAGAGAUGUAAUGGAUUACACCAAAUCUUGUCAUCCAUGUGAGGAAAGGAUGCCACCACAUCAAAGAGCGCGAGCUCCAUUGAAAGAACGCCCUAUAGCAGAGAAACUGUUUGAGAGAGUCGAAAUAGACAUUAAAGGACCGUUACCUCGAACCGAAAAGGAAUCACAAUUUAUCUUAGUUAUUCAGGAUGCAUUUCCAAAUAUGUGGAAUUGUGCUCAUUGCAACGACAGACAACAGAAGAAUCAACAUGGAAUACGACACACUAAGUCAACGACAUAUCACCCCCAAGCAAAUGGUGCGGUAGAACGUUUCAACAGGACAUUGGGAGAAAUGCUAGCAAGGGUGAUAGAUUCUAACCAUACAACAUGGCAAAGCCAUUUGACACAAGUCCAACUGGCCUAUAAUACGUCGUACCAUGAGUCGAUUGGAGACAUUCCAUAUAGAGUUAUUUUCAAAGAGAUGCCUAGAACGUUGUUACAAGCUGCAGCAGAUUCUGUGUGCAGGGUAACAGAACACAAGACGACAUCACCAAUGGCUUAUGUAGAGAACAGUUUGACAUCUGUUCCUGACAUAUACCAAAAGGUAAAGAAAAACUACAGCCAUAAGUCAAAUGAAAGACAGAGACAGUACAACAAAUCAAAGUUGCACUUCACCCCAUACAGUGUUGGAGAUCUAGUGUGGAUUACACGUCCUAGUGGAGUGAAACAAGUAUCUCGUUCUUUCUGUCCACGAUGGAUGGGACCUUAUAAAGUUGUUAAAAAGAUAUCCGACGUAGUCUACAAGGUUCGUCGACCAUAUGGAGGAAGCAUGUGA